AUGGGUAAUUUUGGUUUUAUCGUUGAAACUGAUCAUAAACCACUUGAAAAUUUUCACAAAGAACAAAUCAGCAAUAAACGCGUGACGAAUUGGCUUUUCAAAUUACAAUAUAUUUUACCACAAAUCAUUGCAAACAAAUAUCGUACAGAUGCAAAUACUGCAGCUACUAAUUAUAUAUCACCACAUUUUCCUUCAUUCGAACCUAUCAAUACUAGUUCAGCUGUCGUCAAUGAAUUACAUGAUGACUGGCCAACAGGUUCUGAAAAUUGA